AUGAUGUUUUCCGGAGGACGUAGCAAACUGCUCUCCACAGCGAGUCGUCGUGGCUUGGCGACGCUCAAAAAGUUGCCAGCGGUGUCUCCUGUCUCUCAGAGCGAGUCGUCAACCGGUUUCGUCGCACAUGCCAUUGACACGGUAGCACAAACCUUGUCCACGCAAGACUCUGUGGCGGUCAAUGCGUCGGGCAGUGUGGUGCAUGGCACGUAUGGGGAUUUGGGUAACGCCGCUGAUGCAAUUCCCUUGGAGUACUUGGCGUUGUUGCGAUUUGCCGCACAAGGAGCCGCCGGUGUUCGAGCUAUUGCUAGUGGAAGUAGUAAGGGCACCGUGUUGGUGUACGGCGCCAGUCAAGCAUCGGGCAUGGCCGCCACUCAAUUGGCGUCGGCGCAAGGCCACGCCGUGGUAGCAGUCGUCAGUGGUGAUCAUGCCGGCAACACGCUCCUCAUGGAAUCCGUCAAGGGACUCAUUGACGCACCUGGAACCGCUGUGCCUGAGGUGUAUGCCCUGUCCAAAAAGAAUUUUGCCGAUUUGGUCCAGGCCAUUGCCACGGGAACCGAAGAGUCCUCUUCCGCAAGUAGUGCGGAAAUGCUCGAAGAAUUCAAGGCCAACUUGAUGGACUACUCCUACCUAAGCCAAUUCCAACCGGGAGCACCUCCGAUUGACAAGGCGGCUCUCGAUGCCCUAUUCACACCCGAACAAUAUCAAGCCUUUCGAAACAAAUUCUGGGAUCAAACAUCUCGGGUCAUUUCCGGAGAUGAAUCACAUUUCUUUUCCCCACCUCAUAUUGUCAAGUCCAUGGUGGACAUGCCCGACAAGACGACACCAACCAAGACUGGCGCCUUUCCCUACAGUUUUGGUGGAGGAUCGCCGUAUGGCAUCGCGCCAAUGGCCGGAGGAGCCGUGGCGGGAGCCAUACUGGUUGUGACACCUGUCUUGGAGGCAGCUGCCAAGGCUGUCGAUGCCGCCAAAACACUUCGUCAAAAGGGAGAAGCACUCUCCUUUUUAACCGAUGCCGAACGAACCGCUUUCGGUGCCGCUUGUUCCGUCGUGGCCGUGGCUCAAAAACAAGGCGCUCCCGUCGUCACCAUUGGAGGUUCGCUACCGGGUCUGACGUCGGUAGAACCCUCCAAGGAAGAUGUCGAUCAAGCAUUGGCUGCCAUGGACAUUCAAGAGGAUGGAUCCACAAGCUCAAUUAUUUUGUCAGACCUAUCGGGCUGUGAUUUUUUUAUGGAGAUAUGCCGUCCACAGAGCCAAUGA